UAGUUCUCCAAGACACGGCACAGCUGCACAAGGGCAUUGAAACGUUGACCAGUAUGUCAACUACAAAAAUAGCGGCCAAGUAAAAAGGGUUAAAAUUGGAAACAAUGAUUGGCUAUAAAAUUGGGGCAACCAUGAACCAUCGUAGUGGAUUCAUGGUAACUGCGAAGCAGAAAGUCUCACAAAGAAAAGCCUACAUAAGAGAUAAAGUCCACUUUCUCCAUUUUCUCCUACUUGAGCUUUCUCUCCCAGCUUGGACUUCAAUUAAUGACUUUUUGCUCAUCUUGUUGGCCGAAGAACGCCCAAAGAAUCAUCUGCUGAAAUGGGUAUUUGCUUUGGAGCUCCCUCUCGUGAGCCUGCUGAUCCUGCCACCCCGUCAACAACCACUCCAGUGGCAUCAAGUAAUGGCAGCAAGAACACAGGGUCGUCAGCUUCAGCAACAAGCGGCAGCACCGGGAAGAGUCAAUUUUCAGAGGAAGCUGGUGGAGGGGUGGAGGAGUUAUACCCUAAUGGGAAAAUCUUGGAGACACCCAACUUGAAAGAAUUCACCUUUGCGGAUUUGAAGACUGCCACCAGGAAUUUCAAGACGGAUAGCUUGUUGGGUGAGGGAGGAUUUGGGAAAGUUUUCAAGGGUUGGAUGGAUGAGAAGACGCUUACACCCUCUAAGGUCGGCACUGGAAUGGUAGUUGCUAUCAAGAAAUUGAACUCAGAAAGUAUGCAAGGUUUCCAAGAGUGGCAGUCAGAGAUAAAUUUUUUAGGAAGGCUUUCUCAUCCCAACUUAGUCAGGCUUUUGGGAUACUGUUGGGAGGAUAAAGAGCUGCUUCUUGUGUACGAGUACCUGCUGAGGGGAAGCUUGGAGAAUCAUCUUUUUCGAAGGAAUCCAAACAUUGAACCGCUCUCUUGGGACAUUCGACUGAAAAUAGCUAUUGGAGCAGCUCGUGGCCUGGCUUUCUUACACACUUCAGAGAAGAAAGUCAUAUACAGAGAUUUUAAAGCAUCAAAUAUUCUGCUUGAUGGGAACUACAAUGCAAAAAUCUCAGAUUUUGGGUUGGCAAAAUUGGGGCCUUCUGGUGGUGAUUCACACGUGACAACCAGGGUUAUGGGCACAUACGGUUAUGCAGCUCCAGAAUAUGUUGCAACAGGUCAUUUGUACGUGAAGAGUGAUGUGUAUGGCUUUGGCGUAGUGCUGCUUGAACUGCUAACAGGCCUUCGGGCACUUGAUACAAAAAGGCCAAACGGACAGCAAGCUCUGGUGGAGUGGCGCAAGCCAUGUCUUUCUAGCAAGAGAAAGCUGAAAACUAUCAUGGAUACGCGGAUGGAGGGCCAAUAUUCAUCCAAGGCUGCUUUGCAGGCAGCGCAACUCACUCUAAAAUGCCUAGCUUUUGAUCCUAAAAGCCGACCUUCCAUGAAAGAAGUUGUGGAGGUGUUGGAAGGGAUUGAAGCAAUGAAGGAAAAACCAAAAGAAUCCAAAAUCAACUCCGCUACUACAACUCAUCGCCAUGGUCAUGGCCAUGGUCAACAACCUAUUCAUCAUCGUUCUCCAUUUCACACUGGGCACCAUGCUGCUGACGUUUGAAGUAAUCUGGUUUGAUUUGUUUGAUUCAUUUUUUUUUUUUUUUUUUGUCUAGUGAUCUCUUUGGAUUCAUUACAAAUUUUGGUUGUUUUGCCUCACCAUUUCUGUUCUGUUCAAUGGGAUGAGUGCAUUGUAAUACUCUAAAUGUAAUCAUCAUAGAGUGAAAAAC